AUGGGGCUUGCGCCACUAAAGCUACUAGCAGGGGCUUGCCCCUAUAAAUAUACUCAGCCCAGAGCUCUCUCUCGCUCCUUAGAUCUUACAAUACACUGGUUCAAUUCACCUUGUUUGGAUCUCAAUACCUUGUCGACUCGCCUACCCUAUGACCCCUUCUCAGCUCAUGCGAGAAAGACUCCAGUCUGGUGUCCGCCGCCCUCGAAGAGCUCAGCUUUGGCGGAGCUGAAAGUGAUUCCCUUGCCUUGGAUCUCGCACAAAAAUCUGGAGGGUCUUCUCAAUUAUGAAUUGAGAUGUGGCAUACCCCAACUGCUGUUCUUAUACAUCAUUUGUAUCGCCCGUACAGAGGCACGCUACUUGAUUCCCUCGCAAACUUACUUGGCAGGGGGCAUUGGUAAUAUGCAACUGCUUUAUAUCAGCAUCCGCCCUAAUCAUCUGCCAUUCUUGCUCGAUGCUCGAUGUUACUAA